GAUGUGCAAAUUUGGCCCGACAAUUGUGUUUUGUACAAUCAAAGUUACGCAUCGAUUUGCUCAUUUUCCUGCCCCACUGGAAAACAAAUUAGUGGUCCUUCAUCUGCUCUGUGCGGAAUAAGAGGAGACUGGAACGAGGACGUGAACGAAGUCAGCUGUAAUGGUUCGUAUAACUCUAACUUUUGUUUCUUACUUCUUUUUACCCUUAGAAAGUUAUAUGUUUUUCUCUUAAUAUUCCAAGCAGCGUUAAAAAAAUAAUGGUGAGGAUGCAGUACGAGAAUUAAGAGCGAAUGCACAGAAAAAUCCAGCAAAAUCGGAAAAUCGUGGCCACAGCUCAAAACCUAACUUACCUUCACUUUCAGUCAGGGUAAUAAGGUUUUAAUGAGUUUAUAACUCUGCAGAGCUUUAAAUUUCAAAAUACCGCCGUUUGAGAAUUAAUUGAGAUUUUCGAUUUCAACGGUCAGCUGGCCUAAAAGUAGCCGCCGAACACGGAAAAAUUAUGACGUUCCAUUUCCGCCAAAAUUCAAUGUUCCAUUUUACAUUAAACUUUGCACAACCUAUCUUACAUUCUGUGUUUGUCAUUUGAGUUUGCACUCGCGAUUCAAUUUUUUUGGCAUUUAUCAUUCAACUUCGAUUUAUGCAUUUAAGUUUCACUUUCGACAUUAAACUUUUUCAUAAGCAACAAUCAAGUUUUCGAAUUCGACCUUCAAGUUCAGUGGAAUGUACAUUCAUUUUUUCGCAUCCAGCAUUUAGCAUUUGUCCUUUAAGUUUUCGCUUCCGACAUCCGACUUUGGGCAUUGUACUUGCAAGUUUUCGCAUUCGACAUACAACUUUUCGAAUUGAGCUUUUAGCUACUGGUCAGCGACCGAUGGAGAUCGUGGGCUCAAUUGACUUACCCAUUCCCGCUCAAAUUGUGGUCGAGAGACUUCCCAGUAGAGUGGACUCGGGAGACCUUCUCCACUCACGAUAAACUGGACAUCGACAGACGUGUUCACGACCGUGUGAUAAAAGCCGCCGUCGACAAGAUGAUGCUGCACCAGCUAGUUAAAGCGAAGUGAGAGCCACUCUCUUGAGGGUAGCUGACCGUCUGUCUUCUAUGGAAGAAACAGUAUCUCCAAGUAAGUAUCGGGCAACCUUUGUCAAGUAUGAAGAAGUUAUGUGUUCAAUAAAGUUCGUGUUCGCCCCUACACAAGCAUACACGUACGCAUAAUGGCUCAGUCAAUUUCAAGCGUGUCCAUCCCCCGGGGCAUUUGUCAUCUCGUCGGUCCCGGCGGUGGGGAUUUGUCAGAAAUUAAAUCCUCUGCCCUAGGGUGGGGCAUUUGUCAAUUCUUCUAGAAGAGGUUAACGUCGUUCCUUUUUCAACACUUCACUUAAAAAUAUUAACAUUCAGAUACCUAUAGAUAUUUCUAUAAAUAAUAUUUUUAAUACUUAUGCUUUAAAAAGAUAUAUGUGGUUUUCACUCCAUAACUUCCAUACCCCACAGUAUGUUUUACAUCUGUCCCGCCAUCGUGAUCAGUUGGCAUAUGGAUGAAAACAUUCUAUGUAUAUAUCGUUUGAAGAGUUUAAAGGAAAGACAAUUUCUUUGUGCCGUGAAUGUUUGAGGUAGAAAGGCCUAGAAAAACUCUGCGAGAUACAUAAAAGUUAAUAUAAACUUUGUGUAUUGUACGAUCAAUACAAGAACGCGCUUACAGCGGCAUUCACGUCUCGCCUGUUUGGAAUUUAGAUCGAGAAAUGAGGAGGCGAUUAAUUCUACAAGAAACAUGAUUUACUCGCUAAAGGUUUUUACUUCCUACUUUAUCGACGUCGAUACUUUUUAUUUGUUUCUGAAUUGAUUUAGUACGCGUGUUAGCGACCACCAGGGCCUCGAUUCCAGAGAAAUUACAUCAUUGCCAGAUAUCGAAAAAGUUAUUUACAUGGCACGUCAUUUCAAUCAUUGCCGAAAAUAAAUCGCAUGCUCAUCACAAGACUCAUUUUGCAUAACAGACGAAUCAGCCUCAGACUAAUUUUGCUCCAUAAUUCGUCUUAGCACCGAAUUUAUACUAGGGAGUAACUAUCCGUCUGAGACGGUUAAUCCGUCUAGACGGAUAAUUCGUCUCUAGUAUAAAUUCGGCCAAUACGCUGACGAAAUGGUUCCAUCAUGAUGAGAAAAUACCCAUCUUAAGCUCGUCGGUUGUUUGUUUAUCAUUCACUAUAUUAAACAUCUUCGAAAAUAAUUGAGGUCUUGUUAAAAUUCUAGUUUCUAGUUUUGUCUUUAAUAUUUAAGAGGCAGUCUCAAGCGUUCCACUCGAUUUCGGACUCGAAAAAACUUUUGCCUCAUAAUUUUACCGUCAACACUACUAUCCAUCCUAAUAACCAAAUUGCAGUUAUAAUUAGAAUGAGGAAAUUGUUUAUUUUACUGCCAUUCCCAGCAUUUCAUUGCUGGACGGCCGUUAGCGGCUAAAAUAUGCAAAUGUUAGUCUCUUUUAUACAGGUUUUUUAACGAUCGUUCUAAAGUUCUUCGUCCUAGACUGUUUGCACUCAUUUGGAAGCAUAUUACUUCUUCUUACUGUUCCAAUACCAUUUAGGCAUUAUCUUUCUGUGGUCAGCAAGAACUGGUCGUUUUUAUUUCACUAAUCCAAUUAAGAAAGCAAAAUGCACGAAUCAAUGCCUCAAAAUCAUCAGAAAAUUCUUAAAUGUGCCAACUAAACUAGACCUAAAAACAUGUUUUAGUUAGAAAUUAAUGGCUAUUUUGUCAAGUUAUGCAAUAAAGCUUGUGGCACAACGCGAUUCAGAAUUGAAGGCUUCAACUCAAAUUUAGGCAAAUGUUCAUUUUGCGUUGCGUGACAGUAGCGACUGCUGUCACAGCAAAAUCCUUAGUUAUUCAAAUACUUGCCACUAUUAAGUAAGAUAUACCUCAUUUUCCCAUUAAAACGAUUUUAGAAUUCCCUUUUUCCCUUUGCCAAUGAUAUAUAUUGUUCAAAAAUUAGUUCAGCGAGUAAAAGAUACUUUUCCUAGCUUCAUUUAACUGUUCCCACAGCCCCGAACAUUCGUUUUUAGUCUGUUACGUCAAGACGGAAAAUACCUUUCCAGAACCAAACCUCUUCUAGUUUAAAAUGUGGUCCAGUCUGAAAAAGCUGCAUUGACCAGAAGUUACUCUGAUCCAUCACAUUAAUAUAUAGAUUUAGCCAGGGCUAAAAGCGAAGCUCCCAUUAAUAAAUUUAUAUUUUAAAUCAAACAAUAAACUUGUAAUCCACAAAUCAGUUAACUUAAGGGCACAUUCAUGCGACUUUUGAGGGAAAGGAUAAGUUAUUUUAGAGUGAAACAUCUUACAUCGAGUUGAUAGCCUAAAUAUAUGUACACCCAAAAAAUAGCAAACACCUUCUAUCACAUUCAAGAGCCAUAAUGGCUCUUGAUCACAGUAGAUUAGGCCUCGAAAACAAAUUCUUGGAAAACAAAUCAGGCCGCAUUGUUUUGCGUUCGACAGGUUUACUUUACAAAUCCUUGCCAACAAAUCUGAGGGUGUGUAAACCAACCUUUUAUACUUUUUAUACAUCACAUCUGAGGUGAAACAGUACUUUUUAUCAUACAGACCUCGGACAGAAUACGGCAUUUCACAAUUUUUCAAUGUCCAGGACGAUCAAUCGUGGGCUUUUAGCGAAACCGUUCAAAAAAUUUCCAAAAUCACCCAUACGGCCAGCCGGUUCUCAUUUUUAGUGCGACCUGUCAGUGUGGUCGAGUGUUUGAAUGAACUUUAAUGGAGAUACGCUUCAACAUAAUAACGAAUUUAUUAUCAUCACUUUUUGUUAUUUAAUGGUUCCAGUUAUAACGAUGUGUAAAGUUAUAAAGCGUUUGAUACGCGCGACAUUUCUAAGUACUCCUGCAAGCGAUGUUCAUGAACUAUGAAAACAAACACCACGGACAAGCGAUUAAAAUUGCAAGAGAGACUACUAACAAUCAAUAAAAGAAAUAUAAUUCAAUAAAACAUUUACAGAGACAACAAUUUUCAUUCACGAAGACAAGUAUUAAAGUGUCUCUAAAAAUCCUGAGUCUUUAAGCUUAAAGCUUAAGCUUAAGUUUAUUUUGUUUUACUUUCAGCCGGCCUCCCGGUGUUUGUUUUGUUUUUCCAAGAUGAACUCCUCGAAGCAAGAAAAUCACUCAAAGUUUUCUUUCUACAGCUAAAUUUGUAACUAAAUAUUCUUCGGAACGUUUUUUUUUCUAUUUGUCGUUAAAAAAAAAAUCUGAAGGCCUUUUAAAGUUCUGUAAGCUUAUAUAAAACCUAAUACUAGAUCAGAUCAUUGACUCAAAUCUUAACAAACGUGCAAAAACUUGCCGCAUAAACUGUGCUCGACUUCAUGAAAUUAGAUAUAACAAAAACAAACAUCAAAUACAAUAAUUACUCAGGCUUACCAUUCGAGAUUCAGUUCCUGAAAGAUAUCAAGGAAGGCCAUAGUUGCUUGAGACUUUUAAACCCUCUUACGCAUUGAGCAAGGUGAAAGACGGAAACAAUGCCAUCCGAAAUCGGAUUACCCAAUUUUGACAAGCGACGCAUUUCUCAGCCAAAAACCCAAUAAACAAACCAGCCAUGGAUAACAGAAGACUCUUGAUAGCAGAUGUAUUUCAUUUUGUACAUCCAGUGGGAAAAGACAGUUAAAAACAUCACAAGUUGACACAAAACUCUAUCAGCUUUACCUGUCAAAGUAAACAACUUUCAAGAUGCUGCAUAAAUUUUCCGCAUGAACUCACCUGUCAAAUUUUGACCAAUCAGAGUACAAAAAUUGGACGUAGAGCGUGACCAACGCGUGACCAUGGUAAGAAAAGGUCUUCCCCGCCUUUAUUUUUAAAAAAGUGGUUGAAUUUUCGCGUCCGAGGUCAGUUUGAAAUCAAAAUCUUGACAGUGCGGGGCCAUAGUGACAUAAACACAACAUAUUUCAUAUGAAUCGUUGGAAAAAAUAGACUUGAGCCUGCGAUCAUUUAAAACUGGUAAUUUGUCAGCGGAUAACUUCAAAAAAGUACUCGAAUUCGAUGGGUCGACACUUGAGCCCGCGGUACGGUCAGGUGACACUGGUCAGCGGAUAUCCUGUUUUGACGGCUGUCAAUUGAGCACAACAUUGAUGUGCAAUUAGUUUUCUACUGGGCUCCCAAACUAGCUAGAAAGUGCGAGAGAAAACAUUGGUUUCCCUGUGGUGCGGACGGACGGUCGGGCGUACGGUCACGUGAUUACCAAAUUUUCUUGGAUGGGUAGAUUACCACAUUUCCUUUGCUAUGGAGCUCCGUCCACUCGCGCGCUUCGCGCGCGGGUGGAGCUCCGCUAUAAAAUCAAACGUUAGAAGAAAAGUAAAUUUCCCACUGCUUAAUUAAAUAUGCGUGAACAGGCCAGAAAAGGUUUUACUUGUACUUGGCCCCAUGUAAGGGAAUCCGGAUUCCGGAAUCUGGAAAAUUUUGCUUAUGGAAUCCGGAAUCCAGGGCUUUGGAAUCCAGAAUAGAGGUUAAGUACCCCACUAAGGAAGGGAAUCUAGAAUCCAAGUUCCACUGGAAAAGACUGGAAUCCAACACCCGGAAUUGAGAAUCGAUGGAAUGGCAUCCAGAAUCCAAGACUGUCUUGUAUUCGCUAAAAUGGGGCGAUAGUACUGGACUGUGAACGGCGAAUUACUAUUUUUCUUUUAUUUACCUUCAACCUAUCAAGAGCCCACAUUUGAAGACCUUUGUUAAUGAAAUUUCAAUUAGAAGGUUUCUUCCUUUUACUGACUGUUUCUUCCUAUCAGGAGUGGUCAGCUUUAGUUUUCACGCACCAAGAGACAGUCCGGAGUCCAAGGCUACUUUUGUGUCGCAGCCAGUUAAUAAAGAAGACGUUGGCACAAGCAAAUAAUAAAGUUUCAAAAUUAAUUUCGAAUCGUGCAACUUCAAUGAAAGUAAGAAAAUAAAGAGUGGAAGUUCACGCGGUUUCUCCCAACUUAUAAAAGUACACGGAUGUCAGGACACCAUUACUUCUCACCAUAAAACCUGUCAUCCAUCGAAGUCUGAACUAAGUGAAACAGGGCCAAUGCUCUCAAAAUAUGGUAAUCACUGACCUUACGAAAAAUCAAGUGGAACAGAUGGUAAUCUGCUUCCCCAUACAAAAGUAACGCGGGUGCUCGUCGUUUGCAGACUUUGGCCUCACUUCGGUUGUUUGGGACGAAAAGUAACUAAAUAUGCUCAUUCAGGUAUCGCUUAGGGCUGUGAAUAAAGAAAUUUGCAAGAAAAAAAAAAGCCAUGAUGCUGACCUAACAGAAAUCUCCUUUAGCGGUCAGUUUAAGCUUGAGCCACACCGACACUGGCCUCCUUUAUGGGUUUAAUUUUAAUUCCGACGAGCAGCCCCUUCGCUAUUAUAUGAGAGUCCUCCCGCGGAUUACCCACAAAUAUCGGCAUAUAAACUCGGACGAUUUUGGCGGCCACCUUGUUCUUCGCAUAGAGGACCAAGAAAGGAAUAUUAGUAACAAGGACGUCACAGGCAUGUAAUUGGCUUGCGAAAAUCGUAUACCAUCUAUUUUAAAGUGUGGGAUCACCUACGGUAUAAAAUCUUAAAAUCAUUUCUAAUAUCCUUAUCACUAGUUCCUUUAUCUGAGAUAAGAUAACGACAAAAGGGCCAAUGGGUAUUGUCAUAAUCGUAAUUUCAAGUUCAGACAAUGAUAAACUCAGAAGUCCACUCACUUUUAUUUAGAAAUAUGCGGGAAGUGAAGAUCCAAACAUAAUGAAGUGAUGGAGAAAAAGUAGAAAGUGGCUUUAAGUAAUAUCCUGAUGUUAAUCACUGUUGCACUACGGCAUAAAGUUACACAGUCAGCUAAUGCACUUGCACAUUUGAUAUCAUUUAUGAGCUGACGGAUUUGAAUAUUGGCACAAGAUACACGAGUGAAACGGAAAGUGAUAAGUGCAUCAUUUGCUAUCUAAACCUUGUGGAGUCAAAGUUAAAUUGCAAGUCAAAAUCGUGAUUACUUACUCUUAGGCAUAUUACUGACAUUACUCAAUUGUUUGGUACCACGGAGAAUUCACCGACAGAAUUUUCUAUUGAAGCGCAACGUGCACAAAAACCUCUGAAUUGAAGUCUGAAUCCGGCAUUGUCGAAGGUUUCCCCAGCAUGAACAUUUCUCCAGGUCGAGACCCCUCACUCUUUCCACGUCUUUUCUCGUCUUACGUCUUGUUAGCGGUUAUUACCCUGUUCUUACAGACGCUUGCAUUCUACCACGUUAAUGAUGUAAAAAUACAUACAUCUGAACAAGAGCUGUGAUCUAGGAUCACAUUUUUUAAAAUCGGCCUUUGGACCCUCCGUGUGGAUCCAAAUUUAUAUUGAUAUCGAUUUUACUAAAUUAGGCGCCACCGCGUUUAUCAUUUCGUUUUUGCGCCUCUGGUGCGGCGCUCAUUCGAUACACCAGCCUACCACGGACAAUGUUGAACGUUGUCGAGCCAUUAAGAGAGGGUCUUGUUGCGUCUUAUGUCUGCAUGUUGAAAUGCUGUGACAAAGAAUAUAAAGAGUCAAAUACUCAGUAUUUAUGCUUAAAUGAUUGAUAUACCCUGCAUGUGUGACAGAAAUUCACGAAUCUUAUGAAAAAAAAAAAAAAACGAAAAGAAACAACAAAACAAAAAACGAGCGAGAUUGCAUGCGAGGAAACUAAGGCCUGGUACAAAUUUCCCUAAAAUAGUCAAAUAUAAAUCCCCUAGUCGUUCAAAGCUUAGCAACUUGAGCCUUAGCCUUAGAGAGAGCGUGAAAAUUUACAGUUGAAAUUUGCCUUCUUUCUUUGAUUGUUUUUUAACUGUGGAUGAACAUUUGGAGAAUCCAACAACAAUAAAUCUUUCCAGAUUUGGUGAAUUUCACAAACAAAGCCGUUAGUAUCUACCUUGCGCUUGUGAUCUUCAAUUUCAUCCGCGCAAAUUCGGCAAAGUGAUGCGAGAUGUUGGACGUGAAUAUCCAUAAGACUAAAAAAGUUGUUUUGGCCUUGAAAAGAAAAAAGGCAAAGGCUCGUACUAAUGCGAAAGAAAGUAAUAACACGGCUCUGUGAGAAACUCGGGAGAGGAAAACGUACGUGUUUUGGACCUCGGAAUUCAAAAAUUGUCUACCAAAAUUCUAGGUUGUCUACCAUCCCCAACAUUUAACAUGAUAAAAGUUAAUCGGUAUGACAAUCGAGGAAAAAUAUCUAGAACUUCGUAAAAAAUCUGUGAAUCGAAAAAAUAAUAGAUACUUGUUCACCUACCUUAAAAAACCGACCAAAAUCUCGCCUAUACAUCGCGUUGUUUAAAAGAAGAAAUAAACCACAGAAUGUGCUGAAUAUUUCACGAGACACUUCGAAUAUGGCUCCCGAUACGCUGUCCACUUAAAAUUGUGUACGCCUCAUGAAAAGUGUUAAGAAUAUGCCUGAGAGCCUCGAAACGAUGACUGAUUCUGUCCGACUCCGUCCGCUGUUGCGAAAAUUUUUGAUCACUGGGGUGAUGUUUUGAUUUGUGUUUUGAGUAAACACAAGCGCGCCUUCUCAUUGGUUGAAAAGUGUCGCGUGACCAGUUGGCCCUGUCGUUAAAUUUAGGGAUAUUCCGGACUGAUAUAUUAUAGUGUAAAGGUGAAUGUGUGAAGGAUCUUCUCUCUGCAAAAUGUAAAUACUUCCACCAGUCACUAGACAGGGGAAACAUGGUUUUCGUUAAUGUUAUCUGCAAAACAAAAAUGUUCGUUUAGAAUGCGACUGAAGUAUGUCGAAUGGCUUCUUCCAGGCGUUCAGACUGUGAGGGCGACCCUCAGAUAGAUGCGACUAGGAAAGAGGGCGAGGGGUGGGGUAGAGAUUAAUGCGUAUUUUUCCCGACCCACUCUACUACCAAGAAAGCCAACUACUGGGAGUCGAACAAAGGACGGCCGGCCGAGACUAUUAAUAUGAAGCUCAGUGGAGAAGUAAACUUAUUCUUCUGUAAGCUUAAGCUUUUUCCGAUCCGUUUUCCUGUUGAUAAAGUAAAAAAAAAAAGAACAGAAAAAUUGUCAUUUGUAGGAUCAUGAAUAAUUUUUUUUCUAUCACAGCGGCCAGUGUCAGGCAAUGCAAAUUCAGAAUCAGUAUGCAAAUUUAAGUCGAAUCCUUCAAUUCUGUAUCGCGUUGUGCCACAAGUUUUAUUACAUAACCUGACAAAAUAGCUCUUAAUCUUUAAAUAAAACAUGUUUUAAGGUCUAGUUUAGGUGCCACACUUGAGAAUGUUUGAUGUUUUUGAGGCAUUUAUUCGUUCAUUUUUGCUUUCUUAAUUGGGUUAGUGAAAUAAAGACGACCAGUUUUUGCUGAUCACAGAAAGAUAAAGCCUAAAUGGUAUUGGAACAGUAAGAAGAAGUAAUAUGCUUCCAAAUGAGUGCAAACAGUCUAGGAUUUGAUGACCCGAAGUACUUUUAAACGAUCGUUAAUUAAAAAACCUGUGAAACAGCAUCUAAAAUUUGCAUAUUUUAGCCGCUAACGGUCGUCCAGCAAUGAAAUGCUGACAAUGGCAGUAAAAUAAACAAUUUCCUCAUUCUAACUGCAAUUUCGUCAUUAGGAUGGAUAGUAGUUUUAACGAUAAAAAUAUUAGGCAAACUUUUUUUCGAGUCCGAAAUUGAGUGCCGGAACGCUUUUAGGGAGACUGCCUCUAAAAGCAGAUCAGUGUGAUCCUUUUUGCAAUAAAUAUAACUAGAAAUAUGUGUAUCGCAGAAACUCGCGAAGCUCGCGGGGUUGGGGAGGCCCAUAAAAUGUCGGGGAUGGAAGGGGAGAGAAAAUCGGAGUAAAUUGUGUAGCUUGGGAGGGCGGGUUUCAACACUGGCUCUAAUACUGGAAUGUGAGAUGUACUUAAUUUCCUUUUGGUUGGAGUAAAUUUGAACCCGGUGCUCUGUCGUUAAAAAGGAUGUUCUGGGAUUUAAAUGGAGUUGGUGUUGUUAAGGAAGGGUAGCCGAUGUUUCAUAGGUCUCGUGUUCACCUCAUUUGACUCUCCUACAUGUGUAAUGAAUAGUCAAAAGAGAAUGAGUGUGAUAGUGAAUAACUCUACGAAAGAGAGGUGAAUAUGCAGCUUACCCAUGCCAUCUUUAAUAAUAAGUGCGGAAGUGGAAUUGACUGAGCCAUAAAUAGCGCCAGCUUGAUUUUGGUCACUUCACGCGCGCUGUGUACUGGACGGCAUUGAUCGUAGAAUGAAAUAUUUUCGAAAGCUUUUGCUUGCAAUGCUCUUAUCGUUGUGUAUUUUACUCUUUUCUUUAUUUUUUGAGAAGGAAUGAGUUUUGAUUUGUUGCCCACCUGAAAUCAAAAAUCGGUCUGCAUAAAACCCUACAGGCGGCCCAAGCUCUAGCCUCCCACGCAGACGUUUCAACUUUCGACUUUCAACUUUAUUCAUUCAAUCUCAAUUUACAAUUUCACGAUAGCUUCCACCCGCGUAUAGGAGAGCCUAAUCGAGGCGGGGGAAGAGAAACAAAUUUAAAGAGAGGAAAGGAAAAAAAGAAAUAUUUUACAAACAGUACCAGCUGUCGUGAAAUAAAAUUAUAGUAUGUAUUAAGCUAAUUUAAUUACAAUAUGAUUUACACAGAGAGUAUAAGUUUGGUCGUGUUCCUGAGCUUGAUAAAUUUAAGUUGAUGCAUGAUUUCAGUGAUUUCAAGAUAGUCCUCAGAUUUAGAUAAAAUUUCAAAGAGCUCAUUCCUUAUCUUUUUCCGAAAGGUAGAUUUUGGUAAGUUUCUCAUAUCUGAGGGUAAAGAAUUCCAGAUUUUUGGUCCAGCUCUUAGAAAAAAACUACGCAUUUUUUCAAGCCUUGAGUGUUCGAUAAAUUAAUCAUCAUUGAUAGAAGAUCGGGUAGGAUAUGAGUGCACCUCAGAAAUCCUAGUAAAGGCUCGCUUGAUAUUUUCAGGUGCAGAAUUGUUAGCAACGUCCCACAUGAUACUACAAAGACAAUCAAAGUAAAUAAAAUAUAGGGGAAAUACUUUCGAAUUUAAGAAAAAGGGUACAGCAUGUUGCUUAUAAUCCGUAAAGUAAAUCAGGCGUAGGGCUCGUUUUUGAAUUAAGAGUAUCUUAUUUAAAUAAGUUUAAGGUGCAGAGCCCCAAGCACCGAUGCCAUAAUAAAGAUAGGGGUUGAUAAGGGCUUGAUAGAUAUUUAAGAGGGGACGUAAUGGAAUAUUAUGUCUAAGUUUUGCUAGAAUUCCCACGGUUCUACUUAUCUUUAAACAGAUUAGAUUAAUAUGGUUUUUCCAGGAAAGUUCAUAAUCAAUCAGAACACCAAGGAGUUUGACAAAAUCUUUCUUUUCUGAGGUACUCAAUGCAUCUAUAGCUGGAUCAUAAGCUUUGAUGGAGGGAUUAUUUGUUAAACAUUUUUACCGAGGACGGAAAAGCACGUAAUUAGAUUUUUUGAAAUUAAGGGCUAGCUUAUUGGCUAAAAGCCAGUCACUGACAUUACUUAGUUCAGAAUUAACUAUCUGUUCAAGAUUAUGGAGGUUCUUGUUUACAUAAAUAAUGCUUGUAUCAUCAGCAAAUAAAUAAAACGAAAGAUGCUUUAAAGAAUUUGCAAUGUCAUUCACAUACAAUAAGAAUAAAAGUGGGCCCAGCACAGAGCCCUGUGGAACACCAUACAAAGUUGUUUCACUAUUCAUGUUACUCUGAAUUGUAUUAACAAUCUCCAGAAUUACAUGUUGAGUAUUAUGACCACCACUGAAGCCUUAUUGGGAGUUAAUCAAUAUAUUGUGCUUAAUAAUAAAUUUACUGAGUCUUUGAUACAUUAGUUUUUCAAAUAUUCUAUUGAAUAUAGACAAAAGAGAAAUAGGCCUGUAAUUGCUGGCACAGGACUCAUCAUCAUCUUUAUAAACUGUCACAAUCUUGGCAAGUUUUAGUUUGCUGGGGUGUUUACCUAGGAUAACAGAUAAAUUGUAAAUGUUAGCAAGUGGCUGACUAAUAAUGUGUUUGCAGCCUUUUAGGAUUUUGACAGGACAAGAGAACAUGCCAUAAGACUUGUAGAGGGGCAAGGCCUGAAUUUGGGCACUGAUAUCAGUGGGAAUAAUGGGUUCAAAGUUAAAAGAGUUUGGCAAACGGUUGUUAGUGAGAUGCUCGUUAAGGACGUUAAGGGGAUAUUAAGGGGAUUCGUCACGUUCGUCAAGCAUUCCUUCCGAAUCCCCAUUAGGACGUCUGCGUGGGAGGCUACCCAAGAUCUCGUGUGUAAGUGAUUUCAGAAAAAAAUAUCCAGCACUGAAAAAAAAAAUCUCUUCUGGCGUGUAAUGCUGGAGAAAAAUAUGUUACACCGUUAUAUGCCAGGGAAAUAUAUUCUCCACAGGUUUAGGAAAAAAAAAUUUUCUCAGAGUAAAUCACCCAUACCUCCCCUCAAAAGUCAAAUGGUCGACCCCUAAUCAUUAACGUGGGCGGUCUCAAAUUACACAAUCUUUUGAAUGGCCUUGAACUUCAAGGAUUUGAAUGGGAAUUUGGGUUAAAUAUUUAAGAGAUUUUUCAUGAAAUACACCUUUCCACUAAAGAAGACAGUCGGUUGAACAGCACACACCUCCCUCGAAGACUGUGCAGCGGCAUCCUGGCGACCUGCCAUGUUCUAUAUGUUGUCGACGUCUAGUUUGUCGGGAGUGGAGAAGGUCUCCCCAGUCCACUCCACUGGGAAGUCUUUCGACCGACUCUCGACCACAAUUUGCUCGGGGGUGGGCCAGGUUAAUUGAGCCCACGAUCUCCAUUGGUCGCUGACCAGCGGGUAAAAGUUCAAUUCCAAAAGUUGAAUGUCGAAUGCGAAAAAUUGCAAGUACAAUGCCCAAAGUCGGAUGUCGGAAGCGAAAACUUAAAGGACAAAGGCUAAAUGAUGGAUGCGAAAAAAUUAAUGUACAUUCCACUGAACUUGAAGGUCGAAUUCGAAAACUUGACUGUUGAUUAUGAAAAAGUUGAAUGUCGAAAGCAAAAACUGGAAUGUUGCAUAAAUCGAAGUUGAAUGCUGAAUGCAAAAAAAUUGAAUCGCGAGUGCAAACUUCAAUGACAAACACAAAAUGUAAGAUAGAUUGUGCAAAGUACAAUGUAAAAUGGAACAUUGAAUUUUGGCAGAAAUGGAACGCCCAAAAUACCCUAGUGACAGAAUUGAGCCGACUUUCAUAAACGAGCGAAUAUAUUGACAAUCUUCCACUUAAACUUCACAAAAUAGAUAUCUAACAAUUUCUAAACGGCAAAUUUUGUAGAUUUAGAGAAUAAAAUAUCGACGAUCGAGCACAAUUUUGAAACGCAAUUUGCAUAAUGCUUAUAAAUACAACAAUUUACCGCUAAAACCAAAAUCGAAUUUUCUUUGUGGGGGAAUUCUCCACAUCACCCCAAAUCCCAGUUACUACCCAAUGAAAUAUAGUACUUGAUCAUUAUCGGAAAGUUAGUCUGGUUUUGUGGCGAACGCUUUUAAAAUAGAUUGAUUAUUUUGAGGUUAUUUUGCUCCAAACAACUGCUAAUUGACCCAAGGUCAAUUGACAGUUGGCCUUAGUUUUGAGCUCGUUAAAAGGGAGAAACUAACAAGAUUCUUUUUAUAAGUACAUGUUUUAAUGAAACGCAACCAAUAAUCAAAAGGAGAGGCCGUUCAAUGGGUAAUUUCUGUUCUUGAGAUUGGAGCAUGGCGUCUGCGAGCGUACCUGAGUAGGUCUAUUUUCCCGUGACUGCGAAAUCAGAAUGACAUCAAGAAAUAAUCUUCGCUCGAAUCUUCGUAAAUGAAUCAGCUUUGCAGUGCCUUACCUGAGAUAAAAAGUGGGGCGAGUAGGAAAACAUUCUAGCGCAAUUUGGAUCCUCUGCAGAACGCAGUGUAUUGCUGAGCGGAGACGGUGGUGAGUAAACAAACCUGGGAAAGUACUUUACCUUUGAUUGCGUGACCAGCCAGUAAACGAUACUUUACGUUCGGGAUGGGAUUCCUUAUAAGAUUCCUUAUCGCCCAAGGCCUGAUCUCGAUACCUCUUCUACCGAGUCAUGUGUUAUCAAAAUAACUUGGCCUAAAUGCAAAAAUCUGUUGAUUUGGACUAUCUGUCGCGCGCCUGACCGGAAUAUUGAGUCACUUAUUCAAGAUCUGGACAUUUCAUUAUCGGGAGCUUCUGGAGCUUCAGAGAAGGACGGUAAAGUACAAAUUGCUAUCAUUUUAAACUGUGCAGGCCCUCAUGUUCUCGAGGUGUGCGAUACUUUUAUUUGGACAGAUGAUGGCAAUAAAGAUAAACCCGAUAAAGUUUUAGAAGCGUUGGAAAGAUACUGUAACCCGCGUGACAAUGUAGUCAUCGAAUCUCAUAGAUUCUGGAACAUUCCAUACCAGGAACCGUUUGAAAAAUUUUUCACGGAGCUAAAAACGAGAGUAGCAGCGUGCAAUUUCUGGAAAAAGAUCGGAUGUUUGAGAGAAAAAAUAGUUUUUACUGUGACUGGAAAACUUCAAGAAUUACUAUUACUCCUCAGGGAAGGCAAUUUGACACUCGACAAAGCAGUGAAAACUUGUAGAGCGUUCGAACAGUCAAAUAGACAAGUCAAGGAAUUCAGAGAAAGUGCAACCCUCCCAAGUUCUUUUACAAGUGUGAACAAAAUAACUCAAAACUCUGAAACUAAAACGCCCGGUGGUAAUAAAGGUUCCCAAAUGAACAAAACCCCACUCAAAGGGAAAGAAAAGUUAAAAUUCAACUGUAAAUUUUGUGGAUACAAACAUGAGAAACAAAGAGACAAAUGUCCUGCUUGGGGCAAGGCAUGUGACAACUGCAAAGGUCUUAACCACUUCAAGUCUAAAUGCAAAAAUAUUCAUGCACUCAACCAGUCCAAUGGUAAUGGGGAAGAUUCUGAUGAUCAAUGGCUCAUGGCUGUAAACAAUGGGACAGACCGUGUUACUGCCACACUUACUAUAAAUGAUAUUGAUGUCAAAUUCCAACUUGACGCAUGUUAGACAACACCAAGUGUCUCCUACAACUGUGCGCCUUAACAUGUGGAAUAAAACUAACCUGAAACCUCUGGGAGAAAUGCGCCUGAAAGUUAAAAAUCCUCGCACUAGUUCUCAAUCAGAAAUAUAGUUUAUCGUGGUCCCAAAUGGUUUUACAAACCUGUUAGGUCUGAACACUAUUCAGGAACUUGGUUUUAUAACCAUAAAUAAAGAAUGUUUUAUCUCGCAAGUAUCAACCCCACAACUUGGUGAUCUGGGCGAAGCCCCACGCAGAAUUGAUGAAAGUGUUCCUCCCAAAGUACUGCCUUGUAGGAAAGUUCCUAUUGCCAUUCAAGACGCAGUAAAGGAAGAACUAGAUCGACUUUUUAACAAAGGCGUACUGGUUCCAGUGACUGAACCAACUGAAUGGGUCAGUCAAAUGACAGUUGUACAUAAACCCAGUGGUAAAUUGCGCAUUUGUAGUGAUCCUCAACCCCUAAAUGCUGCACUCAAGCGUGAACAUUACCGAUUACCUGUGCUCGAUGAUGUGCUUCACAAGCUUAAAGAUGUGAAGAUCUUUAGCAAACCUGAUGUAAAAGAAGCAUAUUGGCAUGUUCGACUUGAUGAAGCAUCCAGAAAACUCACCACAAUGAUUACACCUUUUGGUUGCUACAUGUGGAAGAGGCUACCCGUUGGCCUCAAAGUUUCAAUUGAAAUUUUCCAGCGCAAGAUUGAUGAAGCGCUAAGUGAUCUCGAUGGUGUAUUCAAUAUAGUGGAUGAUGUAGUCAUUGUAGGGUGUGGCAACUCAGAUGCUGAAGCUCAGAGUGACAACCAGCAAAAACUAGCAGUGACAUUGAAAAGGUGUGCUGAGAAGAAAAUUAUCCUAAACGAGGAUAAGCAGCAAACUGGUCUGGAUGAGAUCAUAUUCCAUGGACACAGAAUCACGAAAGACGGUGUGAAAGUUAAUGAAGCUAAAGUGCAAGCAAUCCGAGACAUGCCAGCACCCACUGAUGUGGAAGGUGUGAAGCGCCUUUGUGGCAUGGCUCAGCACAUGGCAAAGUUCUUACCCAACCUUGCAGCGACGCUUGAACCAAUCCGUGCUCUAACUAGAAAGGACACCCCAUUUCAAUGUAUGGUCGAAAGAAUGUGAAGAUGCUUUCAACACGCUCAAGAAAAAUCUGUCUGAGUCUCCUUGCUUAGCUUACUUUGAACCCUCGAAAGAAGUAGUAAUUCAAGCUGACAGUAGCAAACAUGGAAUUGGUGCUGUGCUACUCCAAGAAGGGCGUCCUAUUGAGUAUGCAUCUAGAGCAUUGACCCCUUCAGAACGAAAUUUGGCACAGAUAGAGAAAGAAGCUUUGGCUGUCCUGUAUGGCCUUGAACGAUUUGAUCAGUAUGCUUAAGGUCGUGCAGUAACAGUACAGAAUGACCACAAACCUCUUGCUGCUAUACUGCGCAAGCCGCUGAGCAUGGCUGCAAAGCGUCUUCAAGACAUCAUGAUGCGUUAUAACCGGUAUGAUGUCAACUUUUGUGUUUGUGAAAGGCACUAGUCUACACAUUGCUGACACCUUAAGUAGAGCUCAUUUAGACUCUACUGAAAGUAACCAGGACGACCGUGCACGAAUCAUGAACAUCUAUGCCUUUGCUGAAAUCCCAGAUAAGCGUCUGGACGAGAUAAGAGAAGCAACUUUUCGCGACACUAGCCUACAAACCAUUAGCAAGUUAGUCUUGGAUGGAUGGCCUCAAGAAAAGCACAAUAUUCCCCCUCAAGCCUUACCUUAUUUUGACAUGCGUGACUCUCUCAGUAUAGUAGAUAACAUCUUAGUAAAAGGAGAAGCACUAGUAAUUCCGUCUGAACUGAGAGCAUUUAUCAAGAAAAGACUCCAUAGUGCACAUCUAGGUUGUGAAAGCAUGAAGCGUCGAGCUAGAGGCAUUGUUUUCUGGCCUGGUAUGAUCCAUGAUAUUAAACAGUUAGCCGAUUCGUGUGAAACCUGCCAAGAAAUGAAGCCACAAAACACUCAAAAAGCAUUGAAACAACUCAACGAAGGCGAUGGACCUUGGAAAAAGAUUGGUUUGGAUUUCUUUGAAAUCGCAGGAAAGCACCACUUGAUUGUGAUGGACUAUUACUCUAAUUUCAUAGAGAUUGAUCUGCUGACAAGCCAAACGAGCACCCGUACCAUAACUCUUCUCAAGAAACAUUUUGCGCGGUACGGCAUACCAAGAGUAAUCGUGUCAGAUGGAGGUCCUCAAUUUACCUGUCAACAGUUUAACUCAUUCAUGACAAGCUGGAGUAUUUCCCAUCAUACAUCAUCACCCAUGCAUCAACGUGCAAACGGCAAAGCAGAGUCCGCCGUGAAGAUUAUGAAAUCCUUGCUAAUCAAAACUUACAAGGAUGGUGGUGAUCCCUAUGAAGCCAUACUUAAACAACGAAAUACCCCUCGUCAGGACACUGCCUUGAGUCCAGCACAAAUGAUAUUUAACGGCAAAACACGUAGUUUCUUACCAAGCUUAAGCAGUAACCCAAAGAACACUCUCGUGAAAGGAAAACGUGAAUUAAGCGCGAAAACGCAGCGUGAAAACAUAUCACGAUCGGAAAUCAAGCAAACUCUCAGUUAUUGAGAUUGGACAGUCAGUAUUCCACCGACACACAGAAGGUCAGAACUGGAAGUGGGGCAAAGUAACUGAAAGUUUAGGCCCUUAUACGUACCAAGUGGAAGGUGCCGAUAGCGGCAAGUACAGAAGAAACCGUGUGCAUCUAAGACCCACCAAAGUAGUACGAACUCCUCGCCAUAUGUCUCAUAUCGUUUUGUCUCGUACUCCUGACCAAGCUUUAACUUCAGGCGUGCCUACAGUUCCUCAAACUCCAACCACUGGCGCUGAAGCCAAAGAAAGUCAUUCGCAUAGUAAGGCAACUACUCCUAUUAAGAGUCCCGCACCAGAUAGGCCUAAACGUGAAAGCAAAUUACCUAUUCGUUUUAAGAACUAUGUACUUAAGUAGAGACUGUUUCUGAUCAGUUGAACUGCUUUAUUUAGGAACUUUGCUUACUAAAGAUACUGUUUGCGUUUCUUGUUAUUGUUAUUUAAGUGGACAUCUUCAGUGAAAAAUUCUGUUUUCAUAUUUAGUUGCUUAGAAACUCUAUUGUUAUUUUCCUAAAGAAGAAGGGAUGUUGAUUGAUAGUAUAUUGUAGCGCACAUGAAGUAUGUUUCUAGUUCCCAUGAUCCUUCACUUAGAACAAUGUGCUGUUGCAAAGGCGGUUCAGGAGUAAACCCAUGUUGUUGUGUUCUACUCUUGUCGUGUUCCUCAUUCUCCACUCUAACAAAUCAACAGUCACGUUACAAGAAGCUUAAAAACUAUGUAAACAAAGAAAUGCAAAAGUGCAAAGCGGAGUACUACUGAAACCUAAUAUCGGAAAACAAGAGAAAUCCAAGUGCAUUGUGGAAAACCUUGAAUGAAAUCACAUCACGUAAACAGAGCUACCCAGUUUCUUGUAUCGAAGCCGAUGGCAUAGCACAUUGUGAUAAUCCAUCUAUCGCCAAGAUCCUAAACGUUCACUUGUCUACAAUUGGUUCAAAGCUCGCAAUGAAACUAAAAUCCGUCUUUACCUUACCAUCUCCUCCUGCAAGCUCAACUGAUUUGCCAAAGUUUGUUUUCAAACCAAUCACCGAAGAGUUCGUACGCGGUCAACUUAAACAACUCAGAAAAUUGGCCUAGACAAUAUCAGUGAUCGUCUUCUGAAAGACUGGGCUAAUGUAAUUAGUAAAAGUCUCACAAAAUUGUUUAAUCGAUCAUUGGUCACUGGUACCUUCCCUUCCUUAUGGAAGUUUGGAAAGGUAUCCGCCCUCUUCAAAAAAGGCGAUCGCUUUCGACCCAAACAAUUACAGGCCAAUAACAGUGUUACCUACGUUGAGCAAGAUUCUGGAGAAGGCGGUACACAACCAACUCUACUAUUUUCUCAAUGAAAACAAGAUCAUUACCUCCAAGCAAUUUGGUUCUCGACCUAAGCUAUCAACUAAUACAGCCUUGACACAGUUUACAGAUAACGUACUUCUGAACAUGGACUCUGGUCGUCUUACAGGGGCUAUUUUCUUGGAUCUCUCGAAAGCGUUCGACACAGUUGACAACGACCUUUUACUUCAUAAGCUUAAAUCGGUCGGACUCUCAGAUGACACUGUUAAUUGGUUCGAGUCAUACCUCACGAACAGAAAACAAAGGACGUCUGUUGGAGAUACACUCUCUGUCACUGUACCAAUAACUGUUGGGGUCCCAAAAGGAAGUAUAUUAGGACCGCUUCUUUCUCUUAUCUAUGUGAAUGAUUUACCAUAGUGUCAGUUUGCCAGUGGAAUUAUUUUUUACGCUCAUGACUGUGAUUUAUUACUCAUCGACUGAUCUGUUUGACCUCGAAAGCAAGUUAAAUUCUGAUUUGUCUACAUUUUCCAAUUGGUUUUCGAGUAAUCUGUUGAUCCUAAAUAUUUCUAAAUGCAAUUUCGUAAUUUUUGGUAACUCACGGAAGCUUAGACUGGUUAAUGACGUUUCUCUUAAAGUAAAUUGCACUGCUAUUGAAAAGUCUGACUCGUUUAAGUACUUGCGAGUUGUUAUAAACCACACUAUCGGUUCAAAGAUCAAUCAAAGGAUUGGAAUGAUAAAGAGAAAACGACAUCUUUGGCCUUUACAUGCUAAGCUAACAAGGUUCUGCUUAAUUUACCACCAAGAAGUUCAUCAACCGAGGCACUAGAUCGAUUGGACCUAAAGACCCUCUCAAAAAGACUACACUUCCAUCGGUGUGUUAUGAUGCAAAAAUGUUAAAUUUGACAUCGACGAAAUAGUAGUGUUCAUUCUUAUCAAACUCGCAGAAGCAAUGACUUACACCUUCCUCGCGUGUGCACUAAUUGGGGCAAGCAAACUUUCGUUUGUCAAGCCUCUAAGGACUGGAACAAACUAGACAAUGACAUUGAAAACAGCAAAACAUUCUCCUUCUUUAAGGCAAAGCUUAAAACUUUGUAAAUAAUGCCCUAUCUAAUUGCCAAUCUAUGUUAUAUGUAAAUAUCAAUUUUAAUCUCUUUUUUUAGUUUUUAAUUUUUAUAGUAGGUGAUUUUGUUGUUGUUGUUGUUGUCAUUUUGUCAUUUAUGAUUUGCACGGCCUCACCGAAAACCCCUAAGGCGAGUGGGCUCCCUGGAUAAAUAUUAUUAUUAUUAUUAUUAAUAUUAUAGUCUCCAGCGAAAAAUAGAAUUUGCAAAACUCUUUCUGAAGUAUAUUUAACCGUUUGUUACUAUAAUUAACACCUGCUUUGUGUUAAACUUUGAACAAUGCAUACCUGUCCAAGAGUGUAAGAAUUUUUCGAAAUAUCCACACCUAAAUACAAUGAGGGCUACUCCUUUUUCUCCCUCCCCGAUGUCCACUUCCUUCCCAGUGUCUUUUGCACGAGGCUGGCCUGGGUUAAGCACUUGACUGACCAUAAAAACCUCCGCGAACAUACGCUAACAUUGUUGGUCUUUGCAAGCUUUAAGAUUACUCCACCCACACCCCACCAACCCCCCCCGCUUUUCCGAUGGAACAAUCCCUGAGCCCCAAAAGCGUAAAACAUCUACGGCCUCGUAGAAAACGUUAUUCGAGUAAAAAGACGGGAGACCAUGCUGAACUGGCACGUAGAGCACUCUCUCAGAUGACUAUCUCGGAGUGACCACACACCGUUCCGCGAUAGCUUGCCCUCUAAAGCCCAAAAAUGUUGGUGAAAUCUCUCGAAAUGUGCUCGGGUCUAAGACAUAAGUAGUAGACUAGGGUCAAAGAUAAGCCCCGUUGGUGGAUUCCCUUUGGAUUCCCUCGCAAAAAGUGGAUUCCCUUUAUUGAUAUUUAUAAGUGUCUUCCUGCAUAAUGAUUAAGUGCCUUCCUCCAUAUAUAAUGAAGUGGAUAGGUUUACUAAUGAGCAUCUCUCUACUACAAUAGAAACAAUAAGCUUGCCUAGACUUGCCCGGUAAGUAACUUGAGCCCGGUUUUCGGACCGUCUAUUAAAAGGAAAAUAAGAAUAAGAGAAGCGAUCACCUAGCAACGCGAGAAGCAGCUUCCUAUAUCUUAUUUAGCGCUAAAACUCAGAUAUACAUAAACAAAAAAAAAACAGAAAGUGGAGUUGAAAAGCCUUUAUUUCAAUUUAGUUUACGUCUUCUUAUUUAGCGCUAAAACCCGGAUAUAUAUAAACAAAACAUACACAAAUUGGAGCUGAAAACUCUGAUCUUUAUUUCAAGUUUUUCUGACAUUUUCUCCUUUCUAUCUCGAGGAAAUGAAAGUGUUGUCAUUUUCACGCGCUGUUAAUCAGUUAAUUAUGCGAGUUCACAAGCCCAAAGUUGAAUACAAAUUAGCUCUACAAGAAAAACCUCAAGGGAGCAACCUUGACAUAUUAUUUUAAAACAAAUAACUUAACAAGCAUCAAUUAAAACACGCGACUCAUAAUUGCUAGCAAUAAAAAGACAAGAGAGAUACCGUUUUAAACAACUUUAUUAAAAACAAAAAGAGUCAAAUACACAGGAAUGGAAAUUAAUUAAUCUUCAUCUCCGUUCUCCUCUGUAGAAGGGGAAUAGAAAUUGGUUUCCAACGUCUUCGCGUUUUUGUGUGUAACUGCUCCGCAAUCUUGACACCGAAGAAAGCCCUCUUUCAUGUAAUGUCUCCCCUCGGGAAUCUGGUGAUCGCAUAUAGGACAAAUCUUGUAGUAAUCGUGCCAAAGGCAUUUAGGACAUUUCAUGAUCAAUGUCCCGUACACAUUAGAGUUUUCGCAGUGUUCACAGGGACUUUUGGAGUGAAAGGUGGUGGACGUUUCAGGGUUACUACUUUCUAUCUCCUGACUGUCGUUUUCAGUGUCGUUGUCGCUCUCUUGGGUGUCUUCCGCUUCAACGCCAUUCUCAGAAGCCACUUCCUCCUCCUCCUCCUGAUUUUCAAUAUCCGAUGAACUCUCCUCAUUAUUACUCUCGUUUUCGGAAGUAUUUUCUACAUUUUGGUAGCCUUUUUCCUUUUCUUUUAAAUCACUUAACAACUUGUUGUUCUUGAUUAAACCUUUAUCGAUUCCUAACUCUGCAAGUCCAUCUAGAAACGUAUUCAGAGCACGAGGCUUGGUAACCUCAUUGUUAUGAGGGAGUAACACAUACUCAACUAGCUCAGCGAUGUUUGUGACGGGAAUAGUGCGUUUAUUUCGAAGUAAUUGUCCGCUGGGGGUCCAGAAAAGAAUAUCUUUGGACGCAGCCAUACUAUGCAGCAAAUCAGAAGCACGCUUUUCCGGCACUGCUCGGGAAAGAUGACUCAAAACAUCUUUUAUUCUCGGUUCUUCUUUUAUUCUUGGUUCUUCAUCCUCGCUUUGAUCACCAGAACUUUCGCUUUCUUCAUGUUCACUCUCGUGAUCUUCUUCUUCAACCAAAUCUAUCUUUCUCUUCAUUUUUGAUGAGCACCCGUGACAGACUUAGCUUCGAAUGAUCAACCUAGCGAUGUGUCACCACUUUUAUAGCAUUAGAAAUCAUAAGCUUGAAACGACAGGGGCUAAUACAUCUUCAAUAAAACCACUACCCUCUUGAACAAGGACUCGCUUCUUUGUUUUGAAAGGGAUAUUUGGACUGGCCAGGUUAAGUAAAGCAUCCUUAUAUGGCAGCAAUACCCGGUUAUUUCCUUCGGAGAUAGGAAUGUGUCCCAUGAGUAAAUUGUAUAAGACUUGGACUAGUGCAUGAAGUUGCUGUGGUGUAGCUGUCUUUAAAAGAAACUGCCGCUGAUAAGCGGGGCAAGCGGCUAACAGCUGAAGAAAACCACGAUUGUUGUUCACUACACGAGACAUUGCUACAAAAUGAACUAAGAAUGGCAGUUGGUAGUCUUUUAUGGAAUCUGGUGGAGGGAAAACAAUAGAAAUGUGGUGGCGGCGGUGGUGUUGGUGGAGGGAAAACAAUAGAAAUGUGGUGGUGGUGGUGGUGGUGGAGGGAAAACAAUAGAAAUGUGGUGGUGGUGGUGGUGGUGGUGGAGGGAAAGCAAUAGAAAUGUGGUGGUGGUGGUGGCGGUGGUGGAGGAAAGAAAACAAUAGAAAUGUGGUGGUGGUGGUAGUGGUGGUCUUGGGGGAGGAAAACAGUAGAAUCUUGUGGCCUGAAAACCUAUAUAAAUGCGCAACAUUCUACCUCCUUCUCAGUCUACAUUUUGCUCCUGAAGAGUUGACAUGAGAUGGUUCUGUUCUGUCUGCGAAAAAUCCUUUAGUAGAAAAGAUAGUAUGCAAAGGCACGUGAUGUCUAAACACCGCAAUGCUGGUCUCACCCCAUUUCAAACAGUUCCAAUAUUUUCACAGAAAUGUCAGCGGUUUCGCUUCGAGCAUCCUUUCACCUCCAUGAUUGCCGGAAUGACCGGGUCCGGAAAAACGGCAUGGGUUCGAUCGCUAUUGCAACAAGCUUCAGAGACCAUUUACCCUCCCCCGGAGAGGAUCGUUUGGUGUUAUUCACAAUGGCAGCCUGCGUAUACACAAAUGUUAGUCGCCAUGCCAAACAUUAAAUUCGUCAAGGGAAUUCCUACGGCUUUGGAGCAGGAUUCCUAUUUUGAUGAAAACAAACGGAAUUUGAUCGUGUUUGAUGAUCAGAUGAUUGACGCCAGUAAAGACAAGCGAAUUGUGAACCUCUUUACUCGUGGUUCUCAUCAUGGCAAUCUGAGCGUGAUUUAUAUCGUGCAGAAUCUAUUUCAUCAGGGGAAAGGUAGCCGCAGCAUAAGCCUAAACAUCCAUUAUCUGGUGUUGUUCAAGAAUCCACGAGACAAAUUGCAAAUCCUGACUCUGGCGAAGCAAAUGUAUCCCGGUCAGACUGAUUUCUUUUUAAAUCAGUACGAAGAGGCUGUAAAAAGACCUUUUGGUUAUCUUCUGAUUGAUCUGAAAACUACUACCCAAGAUAAUUGUCGGUUGCGAACAAACGUCCUGCCCAGAGAAGAAGGCUUUAACCAAGCAGGGUUUCAAGAAAAUAUUCCUCAAGAGCUCCUAAAAUAUCUGAAGCAGCAAACUCUUUCGCCUGUCCCACUUCUUCCAGCUAUGCAAGAAAUACAGGCAACAUGGAUGACGUGCUUUCUCGAAACGAUCUUCGGGACGAUGAAAAAGCUAAGCGAUACGUUCAGUUGCAAAACAAAUACCUGGCUUUUAAACAGCAAUUAAAUACAAGAACACGACCGGAAGAAAUAAUCAGUACAGUUCCAGAUUUAGCAUCAAGGACACAAGAUUCUUCGACAGCAACGACAGCAUUCUCCAUUCCCCUCAACCCCUUUAAUGUAACACCUGAAUUAACACAAGCUGACAAACAAAGCCUCACCCCUCCACCACCCUUAAAUCCUGCUUUCCUGACCCCUCCUCCCACAGUAGAAACCCCUUCACGACAAGGCCCGAAGCGCAAAAGGCGUCGGAUUCAAUUUCUAAAUGAUUUGGAUGAUCAUACAUCUCAUGGCAAACAGCUGAAGAAACGUCGGCAUAAGAAAUUCAAACCUUACAAGUACUCCAUGGCGAAGAUGAAGAUUAAUUAAUUUCCAUUCCGGUGUAUUUGACUCUUUUUGUCACUGGUUUUCAAUAAAGUUUUUAAAACUGUAUCUCGUGUCUUGUCAAUUUAUUUGUCGCGUGUUUAAAUUGAUCCUUGUUAAGUUAUUAAUUGUUUGUGUUUGUACAAUAAUAAAUCAAGGUGCUCCCUUGGGUCUAGCUGUAGAGAUGAACUAAUUUGUAUUCAAGUUUGGGCUCGUGAACUCGCAUAAUUAACCGAUUAACAGUGCGUGGAAAUGACAAGACUUCAAUAGUUUUUCAUUUCCUCGAGAUAGAAAGGAGAAAACAAUUCUGUAAUAGUCAGACAAACUUGAAAUAAAGCGUUUUCAGCUCCAAUUUAAGUAUGUUUUGUCUACAGUUUUUAGCGCUAAAUAAGAUAUAGGAAGCCGUUUCUCGCGAUGCUAGGUGAUCGCUUCUCUUAUUCUUAUUUUCCUUUUAAUAGACGGUCCGAAAACCGGGCUCAAGUUACUUACCGGGCAAGUCUAGGCAAGCCUAUUGUUUCUAUUGUAGUACUAGAGAGAUGCUCAUUAGUAAACCUAUCCACUUCAUUAUAUAUGGAGGAAGGCACUUAAUUAUUAUGCAGGAAGACACUUAUACAUAUCAAUAAAGGGAAUCCACUUUUUGCGAGGGAAUCCAAAGGGAAUCCACCAACGGGGCUUAUCUUUGACCCUAGUCUACUACUGACAUAAGUACUAAGAAAGGGACGGUCUCAAUAGCAACCCCUGGACAAACUGGGCAUGUUUGAAUCGUAACCAUUGUGUCGCGAUGUAGCGUUUUAAAUCUGGGGUUCUUGCUGUUCUGUCGUUCAAACCAUUUAAGCUAUAAAAACACACCUUCCGCUGGAGUUGUUGAUUGAUAGAAACAAAAACAGAGCAUACGCAAGCACAUGCAUCACAUCAAAUGGCUUUGUGUGCGACUCAUUCUCGUACUCAAGGCUUCUUCGCUUGUAACCUCCCAGAAUCAGCUCUGGUAGCAAUCGUUUUUGCCUCGUCAAAUUCUCAAAUAGUGCACGCACGCGUAUUUUAAAUGGGUAUAUGAUUAUGAAUUACUUUAGCGCCCUCUGAAUAACAAAGAAACCUUAGAUUUUCGUUAAUUCAAACUCUGCCUCCGAUUUGUGCUACCAAUAGCUAAUUCUUAGGCAUAUGAUAUUCCACGCAUGGGUUUAUGGCUGUUACCAGAACCUUCCCCCACUAGGACUGCUAGAACCUUCUGCUAGGUCGGGAGUGAGGGAGUUCUGGAUACGAGAAUACGCGUGCAGGCCGAGCUACGAGAAUAAUGCUUCCCCCUUGUGCACGACGCUUUUAAACAGUUUAUAUCUUACAGCAAAAAUACUGCUUUAGGAAGUUCUCAAGUUUUGACGUUUUAUCGGUGAUGUGCUCUGUGUCGAUAAGAGUUUGGAUUUGGUCGGACAUCAGUGGAAAAGGAUUGUAACUCUCAUAAUAGAUCGGGUUGGUAGAAGGUACACUUAGUCUAGCCAUCACGUGAUUCCUUAGGUCACCGAACGCUGGUAAUUGCCUCUUCGUCAUCCUUCUCCUACUCAGUCGUCAUCAGAAACAUCCGGCGCAUGCAAGUGGACGCUUGGGCUCCUCAUGAGGAGCCUAUAGAGAACAUAUGCUUGGCAGUCUCAUCUCUAGGUGAUCACUGACCUUAAGGCUUGCGCUAUACUUGUCUUCUGUCGCAGGGGCAACCGUUAAGGCCAGGUACGCCACCCCCACCCGCGAGGACUGCAUGGCAUCCACCAUUUGACUUGCAGUUUCCACAUCAUGGCCUUCACUUAUCGUGAAUUCUUAUACGGGCCUUGAUCGUUGCCACCUUCCCGAAGUCUAAUCGUCGCACUGUUAGACCAUGAGAAUCUAUAUUAUUCCUAAAAUGCACCAUUGACUUUCCUUUGUUUAGCCUCCGGUAAACUGAUGCCCCGAAGAAAAGAUAGUUCUAACGACUCUAUCCAGGCCAGAUAUUCAACUCCUGAUAUCAACAAUUAGUAAAAUCCAACUAGUGGUCUAUUAUCGUUGCUGCAUUCUGAUUAGUUGAGCUACUACCAGGCUAUAUGUUAUAGCCAACUAGUAUCGAAAAGCGCCGGCUUUUUGGCGGCAAAAAAGGGUUAAAGUUUAGCUUUAACUAGCUAAAGUUGUUUUGUCUCGAUAUUUUUGAACAACUAGUUGGAUUUUACUAAAACAAUUAUUCCUUUCGCCCUCAUGGCCUCUGAGACAAUAGCCCUUUCGGCCUUCGGCCUCAUGGGCUAUUGACUCACACCCCAUUGGGCUGGAGGAAUAAUUGUUAAACAUAACCCACCCCCAUAAAGAGAGCAAGCUUUCAACGAACUAUUCAUUUGACCCACCCCAUUUCUUCGUUAAGAAAAACUACGACCUCAGUGCAGUGCGACAAAAUGCGCUCGUGAAUAUACCAAAGAUAUAGCUUUCAUCCUACAUUCAGCAAUCUCAGUUUCGGCAGGCGUGGCCACAUUUCCAGUUACUGAAGGUGAAUUCGACACCUGCAACACACACCUGUAAGUUAAAUAGCAGCCACAACGCCCUACUUUGAAACCGUGACGAGACAUUUAUAAACUAGACUAAACUGCUAUUAGUAAUCAAUCGCUCCUGAGCCGACAGGCACAAGGAUACCAGUUUCUUGCAAAGUAUGCUGUGACAUCCGCUGAUUGGGUUCGGUGCUGUCCUUUGAAAUAACGUUAGGAACAAAACAUGACAAGUGAGAGGCGUUUCUAGCCAAGUGCAUGUGACUCUCGGUGUUGAAGACAUAUACUAAGCUUGUCAGUACAUCAUAGUCUGUACCACGUCGCGAAAAUGAAACAAGCCAAAGAAAAAUAAGACGCCUUUCUCUCCCCAGCCCCCUCAGGUUUUUCGCAUUACUUUUUACUGCACAACUGUUUUACUAUCUUGGAUUCUUCCUUUACGAGCCGGAGAGAACGUAGACGCCCUUGGGAAAAUUUUCACUUCAUUUUCGGCACCUGACUUAACGCAAGCGCUGACUUGUGCGCCUAUACUUCGUUUGCGCUGAAGUAGCGGUGUAUGAUUACAACAGACUUGCUGCUAUCCUUGGUUUGAAAUGGCAAUGGGCAAGAACAUUUUCAUGAAAAGAGCAAACUGUUUCCUUCUUAGCAGCCAUGGAGAAUAACUAGUAGGACUCAAGCAAUGCUUUCUUUUUAAAAUGAUUUACGGCUAAACAGUACAAAUUCAUGUAGCUUUUACGCAAAUUUAAAUACUUAGUUGUUUCCCGAAUUGCAUUUAACAACAAAUUAUAGAAAUUCAACUUAGUUUGGAUCUCAUAGAUAAGAACUGAACGGAAAAUCUUUUAGGGUAAAAAAGUUGAAGUCUAUUGAAUUUGCAAAAUGUUUACUGAAAAAUCACUUAGUGGAAAUACAAUAGCAGAGGUAUCAUGCCUGCAAUUUUCUAUGCAAUGCACCUUAUGAGAAGUCUGCCUAGUCCAUUUGUAGCCCUAAAACCGCCUUAAACCUUAAAAUUUAAUUCAUUUUCCUUUCAUGUGUAGUGCAAAUACAUCUUCUGAACACUUCGGGGGUGGGGGUAAAGUCAGGAGCACAGAACAUUCAGUUACUGUACCAUUUUUAAAAGUGGGACGGUAUGUUUGCUAACCAUCUUAGUUAACCAAAGGACAGUUGCAUAUACAGGAAAAUAAAUUUACUGUUUCCCGAGAGCUUUAGUUUCCCGUGCACUUAUUUUUCGCGGGAGACAAUCGGUAAUUGCCUGGUCACGUAAUCGGAGGUAUCAAUAACUUUACCGGGUUUGGUUACGCACCAUCGCCGCUUAGCAAAUACUCCGCGUGCUGCAAAGGAUCCAAAUUGUGCUAGAUUGUUUUCCUACUCGGCCCAGUUUUUAUCUCAGCUAAGGCAUGCAAAGCUGAUUCAUUCACGAAGAUUCGAGCGAAGAUUAUUUCUUGAUGUCAUUCUGAUUUUGCAGUCACGGGAAAAUAGACCUAGACUCAGGUACGCUUGUAGAAGCCAUGCUCUAAUCUCCAAGAUCUCAAGAACAGAAAAUACCCAUUGAAUCGUCUCUCCUUUUGAAUAUUGCUUGAAUUUUAUUAAAACAGGUACUUGUAAAAAGAAUCUUGUUAGUUUCUCCUUUUUAACAAGGUCAAAACUAAGGUGACGUGCGCCGCGUGUCAAUUGACCCUGGGGUCAAUUCGCAGUUGUUUGGAGCAAAAUAACCUGAAAAUAAGCAAUCUAUUUUACAAGCGUUCACCAGAAAGCCAGACCAACUUUCAGAUAAUGUUCAAGUACUAUAUCUCAUUGGGUAGUAACCAGGAUUUGGGGUGAUUUGGAGAAUUCCCCCAUAAAGAAAAUUCGAUUUUGGUUUUAGCGGUAAAUUGUUGUAUUUAUAAGCAUUAUGCAAAUUGCGUUUCAAAAUUGUGCUCGUUCGUCAAUAUUUUAUUCUCUAAAUCUACAAAACUUGCCGUUUAGAAAUUGUUAGAUAUCUGUUUUGUGAAAUUUAAGUGGAAGAUUGUCAAUAUGUUCGCUCGUUUAUGAUCGUUUAUGAAAGUCGGCUCAAUUCUGUCACUGGGCUAUUUUCCCUUGUUCGGGGGCUAAUUUUAGUCCCGAAGACCGGGGGAAGGGGAGGGUGGGGGUUUUCAGAAAAGUGUGGUGUAUCAAAACUUCCCCCCCCCCAAAAAAAAAAAUUACAUAUGAAAAUUGUACCGCCCCCCUGGCAAAAACAAUUUUUAAAAUGCACCCCCUCCAACCCCUUCUAGACCAAGUCUUUGUUUUCAUCCUUGGGCAUUGAUUUCAUAAGCUAUAAGAUACUGGUGGUUGGCAGCGUAACGUGAGAUUUUGAAUGUGCACGCAGGAGAAUAAACGUUAGAGUGCCGAAGGCGCCCCAAACCUAUUUUCUCUAUUUUACCCAUAUAUAUCUAGUGUUAUCGGUAAGGUACAGACUGUUUACGGCAUCAAGGGCGUUACAAGCAAAGGGAAAGAUGUGUACCCUUCAGACGGGCAAAUUCUGUUAUAAUGCCAUCAAUAUCAAUUACGUCCUUGUGCUUGUGUGUAUGUGCAGAAUUGCAAGAGAGCUCAAUCUCUCGUCCGUCACGGUCCUUCGUAAAGGAGUUUGCAGUAUCCUCAUACCGCAGAAGCUACGCUCAGCUCAGUGCACAUGAUAAGUCAACAAAGUUAUGAGAGCUACAUUGUACUCCGGGUUAGAAUUAUAGUUGGCGUGGUUAAAAGUCUCAACCAAGGUCUGUGGCUUCACAAUCGGAUCCAUGUCACUCCAAAGCAAAUUUUUUUUGUCUGCUUCUGAAGGAAACGUGGAGUUGCUUUAAUCAUAAUAUAGUUUGACAACUUUAACAUAGAAGGCCAGCCCUAUGUCUUAAUAUUUCGACCUCCCUCUCAUUUUGUGCAUUUGCAAAAUUGAUCCCCCAGAAUCAAGCCUCUUGGAAAAUUGUACCCCCCCCCCCUCCAACCCUCCUUCCCCCGGGACGUAAUAAACGAUCGGCCCCUUAAAGCGCGAAUUCACUGGUUAAUAGCGGAGCUCCGUGACCGACCGACCGACCGUCCGUCGGCACCACAGGCAUACCAAUGUUUACUCUCACAUUUUCUAGCUACUUUGGGAGCCCAGGAGAAAGCUGAUUGCACAUCAAUGUUGUCAUCAAUUGACAGCUGUCAAAACCGGGCAUCCGCUGACCAGUAUCACCCGACCGUAUCGCGGGCUCAGGUGUCGACCCAUCAAGGUCGAGUAUUUGUUGAAGUUAUCCGCUGACAAUUUACUUUGUUUCAAAUGAUCGCAGGCUCACGUUUACCUUUUUUUUUUAAAUUCAUAUCAAAUAUGUUGUGUUUAUAUCAGUAUCGCCCCGCACUAUUACGAUUUCGGUUUCAAACUAACCUCAGACGCACAAAUUCAGCCAGUUUUUUUAAAAUACAGGCGGGGAAGACCUUUCCUUACCAUGGUUACGUGUUGGUCACGCCCCACGUCCAAUUUUUAUGCUCUGAUUGGUCAAAAUUUGACAGGUGAGUUCAUGCGUAAAAUUUAUGCAGCAUCUUGAAAGUUGUUUACUUUGACAGCUGAAGCUGACAGAGUUUUGAGUCAACUUGUGAUGUUUUUAACUCUCUUUUUCCACUGGAUGUACAAAAUGAAAUACAGCUGCUAUCAAGAGUGUUCUCUUAUUCAUGGCUGGUUUGUUUAUUGGGUUUUUGGUUGAGAAAUGCGUCGCUUGUCAAAGCCGAUAAUCCGAUUUCGGAUGGCAUCGUUUUUGUUUUUCACCUUGCUGGAUGCGUACGAGAAUUAUAAAGGCUCAAGCGAUCCUUGCCUUACUUGAUAGCUUUCGGGAGCUGCAUCUCGAAAUAUGGUAAGCCUGAGUAAUUAUUGUAUUUAAAUAUAAUUUCAUGAAGUCCAGCGCGCAGUUUAUGAAGCUAGUUUAUGCACGUUUAAUUUGUAUUAAGAUUUGACUGAGACACUGAUCUGACCUAGUAUGAGGUUUGAUAUAAGCUUAAGCUUACAGGACUUUAAAAAGCCUCUAGUCGAUAUUAAUUCACCGUAAAUAGAAAGAAAAAACAUACCGAAGAAUAUUUAAUUAUAAUUUUGGCUGUAGAAAGAAAGCUUUGAACGAUUUUCUUGUCGUGAGUUCAUCUUUGGAAACAGCAAACACCGGGAAACCGGCGGCUUAAAACAUAAACUUAAUCUUUAAGCUUGCUAGUAAAGACUUGAGGAUUCUUAGAGACACUUAAAUACUCAUUUGUUUUCGUGAAUGAAAAUUCUUGUCUCUGUAAAUGUUCUACCGAAUUAUAUUUCUUUAUUGAUUGUUGGUAGUCUCAAAAGUGUAAUUUUCAUCGCUUUGCCGUUUGUUUUCAGCCGUUCAUAAACAUUGCUUGCAGGAGUACUCAAAAUGCCAAGCGUAUCGAACGCUUUUUAAGAUUACACAUCGUUAUAAAACCGUUGAUAAAAAAUAGACUCAAUAAAUUCUUUAUAACGUUGAAGCGUAACUCUUUUAAAAUUUCUUCGCAAAUUUGGGGCUUGUCAAAAGUUAGAACCGGCUGGCCGUAUAGGUGAUUUUCGAAAUGUUUUGAACGGUUUCGCUAAUUAAAAGUCCACGCGUGCUUCGAUGGUCCUGAAUAUUGAAGGAAUGCAAUUUGUCUUGAAAAAUUGUGAAAUACUGCAUUUUGUACCAGGUCUGUAUGAUAAAAACAGCGCCUCAUAGUACUCUUUCUUCUCAGAUGUGAUGUAUAAAAAAAAUAAAAGGUUGGUUUGCACGCACCCAGAUUUAUUGGCAAGAAUUUGUAAACUUACCGAAUGCAAAAAAUUCGGUCUGAUUUGUUUUCCAAAAAUUUGUUUUCCACGCCUUAUUUACUGUGAUCAAGAAUCAUUAUUGCUCUUAAAUGUGACCGAAGAUAAUUUUUUGGGUGUACAUAUAAUAUAAGGCUAUAUCAACUCGAUAUAAGAUUUGUUUCACUCCAAAAUCACUUAGCUUUUCCCUCAAAAGUCACAUGAAUGUGCCCUUAAGUUAACUGAUUUGUGGAAUACAAAAUUAUUGUUUGAUUUAAGUUAUAAAUUCAUCAAUGGGAGCUUCGCUUUUAGCUGUGGCUAAAUCUAUAUAUUAUUGGUCCAAAAAAGAACGAGCUAGGGGUAAUGUUACCCAGUACUUAAUUAAUAAACAAGCAUAUGAAAUUUUUUUUCAUCGCGGGAAACAAAACACUUCCGAUCUGCAUCCAAGUAUACGUAACAAUGCACGGUGCAGUCAGGCCAUAGGAUCGACUUGGAACAUGUUAACUCAUUAUCAAAUUUUUAGAAAUAGCUUUUUUGGGCCUUUUUCGCAGGCGCUAACAUUUUCAGAGAAAGAAGGCAUCUGCCAUUUCCUCCACACAUAUUUGAGACUUUUAGGGGCAGCCUCAAUGAAAACUAUGAUUAGAAAUUAGACGAUUUGAUUGCUUUCGCGUGGCGUCUCGUCCGCCAUGUUGGUGUGCCAACAAGAUAAAACGGCCGCCAUGUUGGUGUAAAAGCUUUCUUUUGUUCCAAUUUGCAUAGCCGCUGACCACGUAGGUGAAAACGCUCUAAACCAAAACAUUGCGAACAGUGAAAACGUCGCCCCAACGAUUGUUUUGUUUUAUUUUAUGUCAGACCCAGUUCAAACGUCAAACUUUUCUUUACCGAACCAAAUCCUUUAAUUAGGUAGAAGAAAAAAAUUGUCGUUUCAAUCAAUUGAGGCCGAUAUAUCUAAUUUGGGUCGAGCCAUGAAUUAGUUCGAACGGCGCACAUGCUAGGAGCGACUUCGUUUCAAACGUCGACUGACUUUUCACGUGCCGAUUUACCUAACGCAUAAAUUACUAUUAAUAAUAUAUUUUCACUGGUAAACGUUUUAGACUAUGUACAUUUUGAAAAUGAAUUGAGUCCGACUAAUUAAGUUCGACUGAUUAAUUGGGUCGACCCAAAUGGCUAUUAAGAGUUCGGUACAUGAAAAGUUCUACGUUUGAACUUGGCCUUAAUCCCCUUCUUUCCCAUUCGCCAUCAGUUAAAGAUCCUUUUCAACAUUUUAAUGUAUUCUGUCAUAACUCUUUAAAAAAAGCAUGGCGACUUUUAUGGGAUUUCCAUUGACGGAACCACAUCCAUUGGAUUUCCAAGUUGCACUCAAUCUUUGUGGCAUUGCCUUUUACUUUCUUUUGUUAUUUAGAAUGCCAAGAGGCUCUCGGUAUGGAGAAAAGAGCUAUCUCUGACAGGCAGAUUAGUGCUUCGUCACAGCUUGAUGCUAACCAUGAAGCCAGCCAGGGUAGACUGAACUUGAAAGGAUCUUGGUCAGCUUACGCUAAUGACGCUGAACAAUGGCUACAGAUUGAUCUAGGUAUCAAUCCUGUCACUGUCACAGGGGUAGCAACGCAAGGAAGUAAUUUUCAGAGCCAGUGGGUAACAAAUUACAUGCUGAAAUAUAGCGACGACGGUCUGAAUUUCCAGUUGUACAAACAACAAGGACAAAGUGAACACAAGGUUAGACACCUCUGCAGACAUUUAUAUUGCUAGGAGUUUGCUCUUCUUUUUUAAAGAAGUGAUUGUUGCUUUUCAAAAACAUUAGUAGGUACAGCAAAUAGUUGACUAAUGAAGCAAAAUAAAGUUCAGUAAUCUGUUUCACUGCAUGUAACCCUUAAACCCCAAAAAGUUAUCAUGAAAGUAAUCAUCUUGUAAGUUUUGAGAUCUUCUGCAUCGGUUACCCCCUCGUUAGUGAAGUGUACUUUUCUUCUUCGUCAUUUCGUCACCAUACUUAAUCUCCUCGUUCAAUUCCCUCUGAGGAGUCAGUCAGGGUGAGUGAGGCUGAAAAAAACUUUCCAGCACCAAGCAAACAAGAACUGGGAUCAUUUGGGGUCGAGAAUAAUUUGUGGUCCAUUUUAGCCAUCCUUUCCCUUUUGGGGUGUUGUGGUUGGGGUUCAUUUGUGGUUCUCUACAGUUCCCCUGUUCCUUUUCACUUUGUUUUCUGAGAGUAAUUUUAAUUAACAUGUUCCCCGAAAUUCAAUGUUGUCAGCUUUCAACACAUAAAGUCGUAAUGGGGGCCAGGCCUAACCUGUUGCCGAACCUGAAAAGGCAUCUGGGCAAAGAGUAAAGAAAAAAUCGGCAGCAGUUCUUUGGAAGGAAAAAAACGACUUCAGGCCCCAGUCUACUCGCAACCAGGUCACAACCAACUGCAAGAGAGCAGAGAAGCAGCAAAAUUGUCGAACAAUAGAAGUCUGAAAGUAAAAGUUUAUUAAAGUAAUAUUAUUUUAAACUAGAAAAUCAAUGUCCCUUUGUUAUUGGAAAGACUCAGCCGUUAACCUGUUCCCUAGAGGCCAUUUCAGGAUACCUCUUCUGUGUUUCCUGAAGGUAAAUGGUCAAGGUCUCUUGUUCCCAAAAACCUCUGCCAGAUACUCAAUUUCAUGUUCAUAGUGUUUCUUUUAAAAACAAUGCUAUUUGCAUCUCUACACGCUAUUAUCAGGGAACUUAAGAACCACCACGACGACUUUGUCGACGACGACCGGAAGUGAGAUACAGUGUACUGCGCAAGCGCGGCUAGCAAAUUUCGUCGUCGUGGUCUCGUCGACGACGCCAAACACAGUACAGUCACGUCUUCGAGCUUCACAAGCUUCGGCACGUUUAAAUCCACUGUUUUUAAGCGAUUUUUAAGUGUUCUUUGCAUUUUUUUGUCUUCGUAAAUCCAGGUAUCCUUUCUUUUUUACCGGGCUUUUUUCUCCUAACAAGCGAUGUUGACUGAAAAUUCGGCUAAUGAAUUGCUUUUUUUUCGAAGAAUGACAACAGCUGUACAUGAGGAUCCCGAACGAGCGAUUUCGUAAGUGAUAAAUUUAUAAUUUUAUUUUGUACGUACAUUUCAAGGAAAUGCAAGAGCCGUAAUUACGGCUCUUAGGAAAGGCAAAUGAUUUAUCUUUAAUAUAGAGGAAAUAAACUUUAUAUGGAAAACAGCUAUCGCAAUGCAGCACCGUAAGUGGAAAUAGGCGUUUUCGUGAUGGAAAAAUGAACAGUGAAAACGUGAUUGCACAGGAGUGACAUGUCAAAUACUUGAUCUGAACAAUUGAUUCGAACACCUCUUGAAACUGAACAAAUUCGUCAAAGCCUGAGGGCGGUUGUGCCUUUUUGUCUGCCCGAAAGCCGUUAGUCUUUGUGCCGGACCCAAAAUUCCAGUAAAUAUAUUUAUAAAGCUUAUUAUGAAUGAACACUUCAACGGCCUUUGGCACGGUUUUCUACCACUUCUUUUAGGCUAGAUAGCAGGAGUUUAAUAUCAUAGCGUUUGUAUGCGAAUCCAAACCUCUGUUGUGAACAAAAAUAUGAGUUGUAAACCCAAGCUAAAAGGCAAAAGAUUCUACCGACAAAUUCUGAGGGUUUUGUCCGCGCUGUAAGUUAGCCCAGUCGCUUGUUUAUUUUAAGCUUAAGCUUAUAUUUUCCAUACAUUUUUGUGUACUUUUCACAGGAAAUAUUUUUACAGUCAAAUGUGCAGGAAAUUUAUGUCAUUAAAAUAAGGGAUUCUAGCGAAGGUAAAGCCCUCAAUUGUUUCCAAGAAGUGCUCUUUGGCUAAUAGCUUAAUUAUGCAAUUCUCUUUUGCAAAUACAGAAUUUUCACAAAGGCGGAAUCUUACUCAAACGCUAGCGCAACGACUACAAUCACGAAACAUAUAAACUUACCUUAAUUUUACAUUACUAAUUCACGAACAUUUGCAAAGGAUUACGGUCAGUUUUCGACUGCAAAUUCUCUAAUUUAUUUUUAGGAAUCCGAACUUUACAUGGAGUUAGGAUUAUGAUAUACUUAUGUGCCGGGAGGUUCUAGACAUCGAGCCGUACCAGUUUAAAUCACGAAGUCCCGAAAGAGGGAAAGGACGGAAAGCAUGGGAAACCAUUUCGAAUCACUUAUAAUAAAUGCGACGUCGUAUCCAAAGAUUAGAAUCACCCCACGAUCUGUUCGUGACCGAUACAACCUUCUAAAGUUCCAAGUAAGACUGAACAAGAGAGAGGGCCAGUGGCAUUUCUGAUGAUAAUUCCAAGCUUGAUAAUCUUUUCGAGGAGAUCUUGGAGAAGGAAAAAGCGGCAAAAGAGAAGCUCGACAAUGACGAUGAAGAUAAAAAGAAAUCUCUUGCGAAUGAAAAUGCGGUAGCUGAAGAUGUGCGAAAACGUGCAUUAGAACGGGUUGAGCAAACAGCUAAACGAAAGGGCAAGGAAGAAGGACCGGAGGCAGAAAAAAAGUCCAAGAGAAAGAGUCCAAAGAGCACAGGUGAAGCAAUGGAAUAUUUAAAGGAAAGAGCCUCUAAAGAGAUACAGCUAAGAGAACAAGAGUUGGAGAUGAGAAAGGAAGAGCACGAUAGUAUGCCACAAAGGGAGAGAGAAAAGAGUGAACAUCAAGAUAAGAUGCUAUCUACUAUGCUCAAGCAGCAACAACAGCAGCAGCAGAUGACGAUGAUGCUUUUAAAUAAGCAGCAACAACAAUCAAAGGCUUUAAUUUCCUUUAUGGGAAAAAUUAACCCAAAGUAAAACACAGUUAUUUUUAUUGUUUUCUCUUUGGAUACACAGAAGAUCAGUUCUCUCUUAUAAUUAAUUGUCCAUAUUUUCGACAUUUUAUCAGUUAAAGUAUCGUGUUUCGACCGUUGUUACAAAUGUUAUUUUUAACUACUUGUUGGGUUUUCUCCAUUGGCAACCUACAAGGACACGAAAACUGUUCUCGUGGGUACUGCUCAGGGCGAGUUUUGGAGGCCUUUUUCGUGUUCUCAGAUCCCUAACUUUUUUAGUAAGGCCAGCUGCAAAGUCUUUUAUCAGAUAAGAAGUGUUCUUAGCAUAACUCAAAAAACUAUUUUCACAUCAACGACUUCGCACUUAUCCUCGAUUCGACAGGAGGCUUAGGGCAACUAGCCGAAUGCUAUUGUUUGAUGUUAUUGAUGUUUCUUAAUUAGUAAGCUUUCACUGAUAUCAAUUAAAGACAAGUUCGAUCUUCAUUCAGCUAAAGUACUCUUCUAGAGUAGGUGGUUCGAGGUCAAAAACGAGGAGGUUUGAUUACCGUAAAGACAGGUAGGAGCAUUUUGAAGAAGUGCAGAAACUAUAUACAUUUUACCAACACUACUAUGGCCGAUUUUAAGGUUUUUCUUAAAGUCUAGACUCUUAAAAUAGUUAAUUAUGUCACCAAAUAACUAUUCAACGGAGGUCCUAACGGCACUCAUUGAAGCAUUGUAUGCUUUCAUCUCAUCUGUAAGGACCCCAUGUCGAAACGGACAUUGUAGAUGUACCCUUAGGGGAUAUACGAGAACCCCAUAAACGCAGAACGGUUGGCCAGCGUGGGAAAAAACAAAUUGUUGUAGGUCACGAAGAAAUCUUGACUCUGUCAGCAUGGAUGCAUCAUGUUUUCUGCCCUCUGUAAAAAAAACACGGAAAAAAUAAUAACUAUUAACUUUGGCUAACUCACCCUUGUAUGUAUACGGAAUUCAGUAAGCUCACCGCAAGAGAACUCUACAGAGCGUUGAAGUCUUAAAAACAUUCUAUUUUAUAGAAUUCAUAACUUACCUACUGGCCCGUACAUAUUAGCAAUUAAGCCAUUUGGCAAAACGACGGACUGGAACUUCAAAGCGUGCACCCGCUUAUGGCCGUUGUAUAAGAUACGUUGGUUGUCCCCAGGGCAAGCGAUUGGUCUUACGCUGCCGUCUAUAAACCCAAAGCAAUUUUGCAGGAGGGGGGGCACCUCUUGCGGUUAUUGCUGCAGAAUACAUCUCCAUUUGGUCAGGGUCUAGGAUAUCAUGAUUCCAUCGAGUUAUUCUAGGACUGUGGGUGGCGUAUAUAAUGUCCAGCACAGCGUUCGUCACAAUACUUAUAACUGGGACGGGUUCGCAAACCUAGGAGUCAUCCGCAUAUCUGCAUGGAAAUGACAAGCGUCUUAAGACCAUACAAAGACCCUCCAGGCCGUCACAAGUAGAUCCUUGUUCACACCGUAUGGUCUUUGGAAUGCCAAGAACAUCUGCGAGUAUGGGAAUGUCUCUUUUUCGAAAUCUGAACUCUUACAGACACUUGGACUCCGUCAUCUCAUCCAGGUUGAACGGUGAAUAAUCUUCGUACGGAAAGCAGGAAUUUUUCCAAUCGAAAAGGUCAGGCAAUACUAAAAAUUCUUCAUCAUCAAUGAAAUUAGACGUAUGGCUCAAAAAAAUAAGAUCUUGCAUUGUUUUAAAGACGCCAUUGCGAAAAACCUUUGUCGCGAACGAACAGUUUUGUGUUUACAUUCAGUGCCGUCGUUGUCCUACCGACCGACUGCAUCUUAAAUUUCCUUUUUCCCCUUCGAAAGUGACGUUCUCGUUCCAGUCAACGGACGUCGUAGUCGUGAACUUACUCGUGGUUCUUAAGUUUCCUAUUAACAGCUUUCUUCCGUAUUAGAGCUUACGUCUAGGUGUGCAGGGACCAGGGGUUUUUAUGAAAUUCAGUGCCUGGCGAUACAAAUGUCACCCUCCGAUUGGGAAUAACAGGCAAAUGGAGCCAAAACCGCGACUAAUUGUCCAUCUAACUACUGUUUUCUUUUCUUUUUUUUUUUUUUUUUUUUUGGCCUGCUUCAGGUCUUUGUUGGCAACACAGACGAGAAUACUAUCGUUUAUAACGAAUUCAAUGGGUCGAUUGUAGCACGCUACACACGUUUUCAACCAACAGCUUGGCAUAACCACAUAUCAAUGAGGGUGGAACUAUAUGGGUGCAAAGGUACUUUUUUUGUUAACAUCCUUCUUUUGUGGAAUUCGGAAAAAAUACAAACAAAUCCUUGU